AUGCCGACUUCUUCGACCAACACCUCUGGCGCCGUGCCCGCUCCUGCUCGGACGGCCGUCGAGGACCAGCCGUCGUCCUCCAGCAGGAAGCGUCGGCGCUCGCGGGAGCCCGACUGGAAUACCUUUUACCGGAACGGCCUCCCCAAGGAGAUCAUCGUCAUCGACGACACCCCCGAGCCCGAGGCCAACACGGGCCGCAGGAUUGCGAAUGGAACCGCCGUCGUGCCCGACUCGGCCGCCACGGCUGCUGCUCAGUCGUCGGCCAAGAAGCGAAGGCGAGACGACCAGCCGCUGGGCUACCACGUCCAGUAUGUGGGCGGCUCGCACACAGCUUCGCACACAAACACGCCCCGGCCCAACACCACGCCGGGCGGCUCAACGCUCUCCAGCGACCGCACAAACUCGGCAUUGAACACCACGGCGCCCACGUCUCUGUCUUCCAACAGCCAGUACGACGAGCUCGCCGCGCCUCUCAAGCGCAAGCGUACCACCCGCCAGCAGGUCGCCAACGAGGUCGCCAAGCGGAGGGACGUUGACGGCCUGGGCGGCGCCUUUAUGGCCUACAAGCCUCCUCCAUUACCGCUCAAGAAGUGUGGUGAGGUUCCCGUCAGAGUCGUUAAUGACCGACACUAUAACAAGAAUGCCAAAGUCGAUGAUGACGACGGUCAUUAUAUCGUCGUUCCGGACGCAGAGCUCACUGAUAAUUAUCAAAUCGUUCGCCUCCUCGGACAGGGAACCUUUGGCAAAGUCGUCGAGGCUCGCGACGUCAAGAGGGGCAAGCCUGUGGCUGUCAAGAUCAUUCGAUCUGUCCAAAAGUAUCGCGACGCCUCGAGGAUCGAGCUUCGCGUCUUGAAGACGCUCAAGGCCAACGACGAGGAAAACAGGAAUCGAUGCAUCCACCUGCGGGACUGCUUCGACUACCGCGGCCACAUCUGCAUCGUGAUGGACCUUUUGGGGCAGAGCGUUUUCGACUUCCUCAAGGGCAAUGGCUUUGUCCCCUUUCCCAACAGCCAGAUCCA